AUGUCUAAACACCAGACCCCGCCUCCUCCACACAGUGCCACCUUUAUACCCGCCUCCUCCACGUGCCCCUUUAUACCCGCCUCCUCCACACAGUGCCACCUUUAUACCCGCCUCCUCCACACCAUGCCCCUUUAUACCCCGCCUCCUCCACACCGUGCCCCCUUUAUACCCCGCCUCCUUCACACCGUGCCCCCUUUAUACCCCGCCUCCUCCACACGUGCCCCUUUAUACCCGCCUCCUCCACACCGUGCCCCUUUAUACCCGCCUCCUCCACACAGUGCCACCUUUAUACCCGCCUCCUCCACACGUGCCCCUUUAUACCCUGCCUCCUCCACACCGUGCCCCUUUAUACCCGCCUCCUCCACAGUGCCCCUUUAUACCCGCCUCCUCCACACCGUGCCCCUUUAUACCCGCCUCCUCCACACCGUGCCCCUUUAUACCCGCCUCCUCCACACCGUGCCCCUUUAUACCCGCCUCCUCCACACAGUGCCCCUUUAUACCGCCUCCUCCACACUGUGCCCCUUUAUACCCGCCUCCUCCACACAGUGCCCCUUUAUACCCGCCUCCUCCACACUGCCCCUUUAUACCCGCCUCCUCCACACCAGUGCCCCUUUAUACCCGCCUCCUCCACACUGUGCCCCUUUAUACCCGCCUCCUCCACAGUGCCCCUUUAUACCCGCCUCCUCCACACCAGUGCCCCUUUAUACCCGCCUCCUCCACCCAGUGCCCCUUUAUACCCGCCUCCUCCACAGUGCCCCUUUAUACCCGCCUCCUCCACCCCGUGCCCCUUUAUACCCCGCCUCCUCCACCCAGUGCCCCUUUAUACCCCGCCUCCUCCACCCGUGCCCCUUUAUACCCGCCUCCUCCACACCGUGCCCCUUUAUACCCGCCUCCUCCACACGUGCCCCUUUAUACCCCGCCUCCUCCACACUGCCCCUUUAUACCCCGCCUCCUCCACACAGUGCCCCUUUAUACCCGCCUCCACACUGUGCCCCUUUAUUCCCGCCUCCUCCACACAGUGCCCCUUUAUACCCGCCUCCUCCACACUGUGCCCCUUUAUACCCCGCCUCCUCCACACUGUGCCCCUUUAUACCCCGCCUCCUCCACCCAGUGCCCCCUUUAUACCCCGCCUCCUCCAUUUUAUUAUCCCUCCAUAUUCUCAGGAGUGUGUUGUUUCCCUGA